ACUCACAACAGAAACACGCGUCAGUCCACUCGCUUUUACUGUCAACGCAAUCACAAUUCCACAGUGCAGCACGCCGUGGGGCAUUCUCGUGUGGGCCAUCGCUUUGCCUCGCCGAGUGUCACGCGGUGGGAGCGGCAGCAGCAGGCGACUCUGAUUGGACACAACUCGAGAGUGAGGCGGGGUAACGUCGCCUCCAGGAAGCUACGGCAUUGCCUACACAUACAGUGACCGGUCAGUCGCCCAGUCGCGCUGCUGUUGCUGCUAUCGCCGAGUGUUGGAGGCGACCCCACGUCCCUCCUGCGUCUCCCCAGCAGCAGCACCACAGCUGAGAGGAGCAGCAGACAGAGCCGACCAUGAAGCUGCUCCUCAUCCCAGUGUUCAUCUCCCUUCUGGAUGCGGCAUCGGCUGCGAAGCUCCAGAUCACUCUUCCGCAAAGUCUGUCUGUGAGAGAGGGAGAGAACGUGACUCUUCCCUGCUCCUUCUACCCACCGUCGCCCGACCUGAGCCACAUCGUCCUCGAGUGGUUCACGAUGCCCAGACGCUACACAGAGAACGUGACGAGAAGAGAGAUGACCAAGAUCUAUCAAUCGGGGUAUGAAAAAGAGGACUUGAGUAUCGUUAAGUCUGUGGGAGACGUGCGGAUGGGAAACUGCUCCAUCGGCAUCCCCAACUUCCCCAGUAGCCUCGGCCCGGUGGCUCUGUGCAUCAUCAAAUGUCAUCGAUGUAACGCGGAGAACAUCGAGGUGCGAGAGGAGAUGGUGCUGAACGUGAUGCCUGCAGAUCCACAGCUGCACAGCGGUGCAAGUGGCAUGAGUGUCGCUGCGGCAGAGGAGACCUCGCCCACAGCAGGUCCCCACUUCCGGGGCAGGAAGGGGCUUGUGGCGGCGGUCGUCGUGGUAGCAGCGGCUGUCGUUAUCAUCUUCAUCCAGAAACGCCGUCGGUCGUCUGGUACCUCCCCCGGCUCACACAGUGGCGAUGGGCAAGCAGACGUGCACGGUGGUGUGGAGGAGAAUUGGCGUCCACUGAUGGAGGUGAAUGGACACAAGGGGGACAACGGAGACAACGGCACGGACGGCGUUUGAAGAAAUCUUCUGUGGGCUCCCCCGUGACCACCCUGGCCGGCACGUGGAGCCGCUCUUACCCACAGUGCCAUGCGGGAGUGCGGUGCUGACUGCCUGUGCUUCAUGAGCUGAUUGUUUACAGACCGUGCUUUUGUCAUCUCUCUCCCUCUCUGUGACUCUCCACACUCCUCUUUGGCCAAUUCAAAUCCCUCAUUGCGAAAUUCUGCAGGAUCCAGAAUCCUGCUGCUGCCUCACCUCACAGCUUCUGUAAAUGAAACCUCAUCAUCCCAAUCCUCAGAUUCCCCCACUGGCUCCCAAUCCGGUCCCCAAUCGACUGCGAGAUUGCACUCUGCGCCUACACGAUCCUCCAUAGACUCUCCGCUACCUCUCCUCUCUCAUCUCCCUGUACUCCUCACCACGUGUUCUCCUACCUCUCCCCUCUCAUCUUUCUGCGUUCACGUAGAAAGUAUAUGAAAUUCGCGGGUUUGUAUUUUUUUAAUUGGCUGCCGUGGCACAGAUGGCCCGCUCCUAGCGGACGGCGUGGAUGGUGAGAGGGGGAAGGUUGCCCAAGCGACGCCGCUCUCCCUCUCGGUUCGUCUUUGUCUGCCGCGCGGUUUACACGCGAGGUGCGUGUCUCUACACUGGUGUGGAAUUGGGCACCAUGUGACAUUCAUUCAUUCAUCUAUUCGUAUGAGCACUUUUAAAUACCGCAUGUUUAACCCUGUGUUGAUCAUGGGUACUAAGUAUUAAUGUUCUCCGCUUUAAUAUUUGCACCGUGGUUGCGGUGCAGGUCUGAGUUUUGCCUGUGAAGGGACCUGAAUGUGCGUGCCUUGCACAAGUCUCGAGGCCACUGGGGAGACAAAGGCGGUCGGGCGUGGUGUUAGCCACCCACCCCCUCGUGUGCUGUUCCGGCCUUCAUCGGUGCUACUACUCGCUAACCGCACUUGCCCCAACAGUCUGUUGAGGCUAUACGGGGGUUCUUUGGCUGUGAAGGGACCUAAAUGUGCGUGCGUUGCACAAAUCUCGGGACCCUAAAGGUUCUUACUCUGGGAUGUUUGGCCCAGAAGAGAUUACAUCGUAGGCGCCUUGAACUUGCCACAAACUAAUGUCUGUUGUAUCUGUACAAUCGGGAAGCAUUGAUCUCAGGAGUCUAUGCUGCUCAUGGUUACUGUUGUGAGAUGUGGGUCGAGAGGAGUGGUUCCCAGCCUGUGAGCUGUAGACCACACGGCCAUGUUAAUUUCCCUGAAGAAUGUUGUCGAUUUUAUUCACGAAACCUUUCUUGUAUACACUGCAAGUUAUUCCGCAAUUUGUUUUGAGGGUUGACAGUGAACGUGGCUCCAGAAAGGUUGGGAACCAUUGCGCUAGAAGAUCCACACUGUGACUGCUUGGAAGAGAUUAGUUUCUAAGUGCCAUGCUGCACAUGUUUGGUCUUGACAAACAUUUUCCAUUCAGGUCUAUAGUUUUUUAUUUAAAAUAUUGACGAUUGUCAACCUUGUUUAAAGCCAGUAUGAAGAAAAUAUUUGUUCGUAAAAGCUUUGGUCAAGAAAAAAUCCACGAUUUAGCAAUUUGCUGGUGUAAAGAGAAGUAUUUAUAUAUUCUUAAAGAAAACUCUUGUCCUGGAGACUCAAACUG